AUGUCACUCAUCGUGCACUUGCCCCCUAAGGCCUCAAAAUCUAAACAACACACACUUCAGCUCCCGCGCUUUGGCAACGAUGUCGAUGUCGAGGCUUUCCUUGUCCGAGACCCUUGUUUAAUACAGUCUGGCCGGCGCUUCCACGUUUUCUCAGGCACUCUCAGAGCUUCAAAAUCCAAAUCAUCACCCCCUAUUAGAGUCGUCUGUAAACUCUCCUAUACCUCUGCUGGAAGGGACCGUCUUUUGCGCGAGUCCGUGAUCUACGAUCAUCUCAAGAGCCUUCAAGGCAAGGUCGUACCGCGCUGCUACGGCUACUUCGAGGACACAAAUAUCGCCGGAUGUCUUGUGCUUGAACACGCGGGAGAAGCACUAACAACUUGCUUCGAGAACUUGGAUGACGAGCUCAAAUUAAAGGUCAUGGACGCCUUUGAUCAGAUCCACCAAGUCGGUGUUCAACACGAUGAUAUUGCUGAACGCAACGUCCUCGUCAACGAAGAAGGCAGAGUUUUUAUCAUCGAUUUCGAGCACUCUUUCCCGUCGAAAUGUAAGCGGCGUGUCCCGAUACCCGGUCUCGGCGAUCUUGGUAUCGAGAGAAGCAAGCUGUUGUGUAAUGAACUCUGGGAUCUUGGGUGGUCACUGAGGAUGUGGAAGCCUCCAGUCGUGCAGGUCUUCGGACACCUGACUCCCAUCCAGGCCUUCAAUGACCACGAUCGACUCAUCGCCGAACGGCCGUCGAACUAUUCUCAAGCUGAAGCGGAGACAGAAGCUCAUUACCUUUGGACGGAAUACGUAAAGCGAUGGUUCCCCGACGAGUAUGCCAAAAUUCCCAAAGGUGAGCUUGUAAUCCUUCUCGAAGAUGUCAAAGUGAUGCGAGUUUCUCUGCUUGCCAUAGAUGGGAAACGGCAUUGGCCGAUUGUGAAGUUCAACCGCGAAGCUGAAGAAGACGAUGAUGACGAUGAAGAAGACGAUGAAGACCUCGAAGUCAUUACGAGCAGCGAACAGCGUUCCGAUCCGCUGCUAGAUAGUGGUUCAGAUUAUUCGAGUAACGGUUCUCAAUGA